UCAAGGAAAAUGCUGACCAUAUUUUGCAUAGUUCUUGUGUUCACUCUUGGGUGGUGCACAGAAUAUCGAAAUGUUGUGACAAAGACCGUUCAUGUUGGAGAGGAUGUGACUCUAAUUUGUCCCCGCCAGUCUUCAGUUUCAGGAUACUUGUUUUGGGUCAGGGUUGUUGCUGGAAACUUUCCUGAAGCUUUAGGAGCGACUUAUACCCUUGAUUCUGUCUCAGUUAAUACAACGCCGCGCAUAACAACUAAACCAGAAACUGGAACAUUCGUCCUCAGUAUUAAAAGAACAACUCUCACAGACACUGCUCUGUACUACUGCGAACAACAUUUACACCUGAAAACAACAUUUUUGCAAACUACCUUCUUAUACGUCAAAGAACCAGAAUCACAUAUCACUGCCAUCAUUCAAGACCCUGUAUCUGAUCCACUUCAUCCAGGAGACUCUGAAAUACUCCAGUGUUCAGUUUUAUACAACCUCAAGAAGAAAACAUGCCCAGGAGAUCCCAGUGUAUACUGGUUCAGAACUGGAUCAGAUAAAUCUCAUCCCACUAUCUUUUACACUCAUGGAAAUCGCAGUGAAAAAUGUGAGAUGAGAUCUGAGACGCACUCUUUAAAGAACUGUACCUACGGCUUGAAUAAGAGCAUCAGCUCCUCUGAUUCUGGGACUUAUUACUGUGCUGUGGCUGCAUGUGGAGACAUAUUUUUAGGAAAUGGAACAAAAGUACACGUUAAAGGAGGUGACAUGGACUCACUUGCGAAGUGUCAUGAAGUCCACACAGCUCUAUAUUUGUUGAGUGCUGCGUUAGCUGUGAGUCUGACUGUAAUAGCCUUCCUUAUUUACAUCAUGAAGAAAAACAAAGUCACGUUUGCCCUGUCAACAAUCCAUGAAGCUUCCACCGGUGAUCAACAAAUUCAGGGAAAUGAAGAGUCAUUGGUUUAUGCUGCACCAAAGUUUAUCAAGAGUCGAAAUGACAAGCGCAUGAGGAAAAGUGAAAGUACGACUGGAGAUCAAAGUGUCUAUGCUGACGUCAGGGUAAAGGCUAAGAACAACUGCAACUAGUUAAUAAUGAACAAUUAACCAAUAAUCAUGAUAACGCCUACAUGAUGGUGUGUGUGGGAGGUUAUCAGCAGCGACAGCAUCAUGUCACAUAUUGGAUAAUCUUGUUUCUUAAAAGUGUUACACUUUGCCUGGGCCAUUUUUAUUCUGCUUCAUUUCUGUAAUUUCUAUUAUUUUUAAAGGUAA